AUGUCUCUGCUUCACGAUGAUACUCAGCAUGGCACAUUCGAAGAUCUGUUGGAGGACUCUCGGGCUCCGUUCAUGGACACAAAUGAGCUCAAGAUGGAAAUACUCGACAUCAUCCAAACCGGCACAGGGCAGCUGAUGCCUUUGCGCGGCUAUACCACAGCAUCGGAGUUGGCGAGAGGUAGUCGUCCCAACCUGAGGCUGAUUUUUGCACCCUUGGACUAUCCGACGCCCGCAAGUGGCAAGACGCUUACGGCCCUUUUCCAAAUGUUCUCAGUACCGACUGCUUUCAUAUCUGAGAGAGUCCAGAGCGUGACGCAUGCAUUUAGCUUCGAGGGCUCGAAAGAUGGCGAGUUCCGUACCUGGUUACAUUUCUUGUGCAAGGCGAUCGAGGACAAACUUGACAAUAUCUUGUGGUUGAGAAGCGGGUAUUUUCUCUCUCGUGACUCCCAGAGCAGGACAACCUUGAUUUGCUUUGGUGCUUCAUCUUUGCUGGAAAAGAGGUUCAAUUCUCUGCCGUCCGAAAAUUGGAAAGAUGCUUUGGACGACCCGUUCCGUCUCUUCACCGUGGUGUUGUCGGACCUGCAUUUUCAGUUGGAUGAGCAGUUAUGGUCGCUCAACACGUCUGUUGGAGCAGUAGAACAGCAUACCAUCGCGUCAAAUGAUGUCCGCGAGUUCAAGCAUAACUUUGUGCACCUUCAUUACAUUGCGAAGAACCUGAUCCACCUGAAAGAAGCUUCUGAUGCGAUUCUCCGGACUGUCCAACACAUGAUCGAGGAACAGACUGACAACACCUCUCCGCGUUCGGUCGGUUGUAGAAAGACUCUCUCCGCCCUGCGGUAUCAACAGACCCUCUUCGAAUCAAUCAACUUGAGAGCUGUCAGCAUGGAGAAGCGGAUGCAGAAUGUGAUCAAUUUGAGCUUCAACCUGGUAGCGCAAAAAGACUCCAGCACUAUCCUCACCGAAAGCAGUUCCAUGCACACAAUCGCACUGACAACGCUGAUCUUUCUGCCUAUCUCUACUGUCGCGACCAUUUUCGGUAGCCAAUUCUUCAUGUUCAUCGACUCCGGCGAUCGAGACGCGUUCCAUGUCUCUCCACAGUUCUGGAUCUUCUGGGCCAUUACAGUUCCCUUGACGAUUGUUGUGUUGACAACCUGGAUAUACUUCCACCCAAGCAAUGUGUCUCGCUGGCCGUUGUUGAAGAGGAGCAACAAACGUGACCAGGCAUGCCGUAUACUAGACUUGCCGGGCAAAUAA